AUGGUAUAUACAAGGGUUGGUGUUUGGAUACCUCAGUGCCCCCCAAAGAACUGGGAGGCUAGGUCGUGGUCUGGAGAUGGGAGACGGCCAUCAGGAGCACUCCAUCAACUGGGUUCGCUCACUCGAUCGAGCUUGCGGCUCCUCUUCUUCCUCUUCUUCAUCGAAAGUGUGUGUGGCUCCUUGGCCUUGGUGGAGCUGGCUAGCUCGAAGCUUGUAGGGGUCCAGAGUCUGAGAGAAGUCCUGGUACUGGCGUUGAUCGUACUCGAAUCCCGGGUUCUCAAACAGGGGCUCCUCCAGGUCAACUCGACCCUCAGCUCGAUCGAGUUGAGUUUCCUCUGUUUGGACUCGAUCGAGUCCGGUGGUCGAGCUGGAGCGUCUGGCCUUGGAACUCUUCCUCCUUCUCUGUGA